AUGAAAAUAAAUUCUCAAAAUUCUAUUUUUCUUCUUUUACAGCCAGCACAAGACAUUAGUGAUAAUGAACAAGAACCUGCAGAUAUCCACGAAGCAUCAAGUGAUUUUCAAACUACUUUAAUCAAUGAAGAACAGGAAGAAAUCUUACAACCUAAACCUAAACUACAACCAAUUAUUGCUCCGGAUAUGUUUCCUCCACCACUUGUUACUUGUGAUAAUCCAGAAGAUUAUUCAGAAUCAUAUAGAAAAAAUUCUAAAAAAGAAGAAUUAAUAUUAACAUUUGUUGAAAAUUUUCGUCGUCAAUAUCAUUAUAUUUAUCGUGAUCGAAAACCAAUAUUUCUCAAUCCAUUAAAUGAAUGUGGUGUACCUAAAUUUGUUUGUACAACAAUUGAACCAACAAUGUUUGCAUUUUCUGAGUUAUUUCAAUGGAAUUUAGCAGCUGAAUUUAUUGCUGAUCAUUUGAAUUAUGAAUUACUAGAACCAGCACAUGAACUUCCGAAAACACUUUGGUCGCCAACAAAAGUUCUUGCUGAUCAACGUGGCAAUUGUUUUGAUUAUGCUAAUCUUCUUUGUUCAUUAUUAAUCGGUGCUGGAUAUGAUGCAUAUGUUGUAAGUGGAUAUGCUACAAGAGAAAUUUGUUAUAUGGAUACAACUCGAUUACCAAAUCCAUAUGUAAAGAAAAAACAUGAAGAACGUAUGGAACAAAUGAAAACGCUAACUAAAAAAUAUACUGUUAAACCACCAAAAGAUUUAACAUCGAAAUAUGAUGCUUAUAUGCAUCAAAGAGGUUUGAAUAAAAUUCAAGCAGAUAAAGAUCGACAUCAAGAAGAAGAAAAUAAACGAAUAGCUGAAAUAGAAAAACCAUUACCUGAUCCACUUUAUGGUAUUCGUGUACAUUCUUGGAUACUUGUUUUACCUGGUAAACGUGAAGUACCAGAAGCAUUUUUUAUUGAACCAACAACAGGUUAUGGUAAAGCAACAAAUGAUACUGAAUAUUUGGGUAUUGAAAGUGUUUGGAAUCAUCAAAAUUUAUGGGUUAAUAUGCAAGAUUGUUCAAAUGGUUGUGAAUCACUUCAAUUUGAUUUAAAUGAUCAAGCUCGGUGGGAAUUUAUGUUUACUUAUUCAAGUAAUUUACGUGGAGCAGUAACAACUUCAUUGAAUACAUUAGGUGGUUCGGCAAUUCUUGAUGAAGAAGAAGAAAAACCUAAUGUUGAAGCAACUCAAAAAGAUAUUGAAUUACCUCCCUCGUGGGUUCUUCCUCUUAAUGUAACACCUAAAGAUUUUGAAAAACGUUAUCCAAGUUCUCGUAAAACAUAUUUUUAUAAAAAAACUCGUGUUGAAAAAUAUGCUCCAUAUAGUAUGAAAGAUGGAAUUGUUCUUAAAGUAUCUGAAUUUGCUGAUUAUGAUUUUAAAGAACUUAUUUAUGUAACACACAGAUAUGAACAUCGUCAUGAUAAACUUGAAGUACGUGAACAUGAUGUACGAACUAAUAUGGUCUAUGAAAAUUAUUUACCAGGUCGAAGUGAUCAUUUAAAAGAGCAUACAUAUGGUUUUGGACCAGAAUUUGAACGAAUAAUGAUUUAUUAUGAUAAAGCACGUUUAGAUGGUUUAGCUACACGACAUGAAACAGUACUUGAAUUAACUGAUUAUUUUGUUAAUCGUGAUGAUUUUCUUGAAUAUCGUAAAGCUGUAUUUGAACCUCGACCAAAAAAAUUCGGUCCAGCUGAUAAAGAUACUCAAAGACCAAUUAUUUCAAUAACUGAAAGAUAUGCUCGUAAUUUACAAUUAAAUGCUAAUGAUGAUGUUCGUGAACUAGCUUAUGCUAUUAAAGAAAAUAAAUUUGUAAUAACUUAUCAUCGAGAUGCUAAUCAUAUUACACCAUCAACUAGGCAAUCGAACUGGAAUGACAAAGCGUUUACAAUACAAUGGAAUGAAGAUUUACAAGAUACUUAUCAAGCUGAUGAAGAAUUUAAACAAAUGUCUAAACGUGAUCUUUAUUAUAAAAUGUUAAAACUUAUUGAACAAGAAGAAGAAGUUGUUAAACGAGUACGAAAAGCUGAAGAUGAAACACGUGAUCUUCAAUCUCGUCGCCAACAAGAAGAACUUUCAAGUGAUCUUGAAAUUAAUGUUUAUGAUAUCGAUAGAAAUGAAAAAUCUAAAAUAUACAGAAAAUUAUUGCAACAAAAAGCAGAUGAAGAAAAACGUAAAAAAGAAAUUCAUGAUGUUGAUUAUCUUGCACCAUUUCUUGCUGCUAUUGGUAAUCCUGAACGAAUUAAUGCUCAGCUUGCUCAACAAUUACGUCUUGCGGCCCAGCGUGAUUUUAAAGAUCGUUCAAUUCGUAAAGCUAAUUUAAUGCAGGCACGUUAUGAAAGUGAAAUUCAAGAACUUGUAUCAAAACAACAAUGGUAUCAAAAACAUCAAAUUGGUAUGUCUAAAGAAGAUGAACUUGAAUAUCAACGUUUAUGUCAAGAAGCUGAAUUUCGUUUACGUACACUCGAAGAACGACUUAAACGACACAAAGAAUUGGCUACAGAGAAAUAUAUGCAACUUGAGAAUAAACUUAAUGAAGAUCCACGUUUAAAAGAACCAUAUAUUGUCCGCUGA